GGCGGACGAUACACAGGCUAGGCAGAACCGAUGCAGGCAAGGGGAAAGAGCAAGUGCAGCCUGUUUCCGACAAGCCUUCGUCAAGCAAGUCAGCGCAGUCAACAACGAUGGCCAUCAACAAGGAAGCAACACCUGCCACUGAUCCUGAUCUCUUUCAAGCUAAGGACGAGAACGAGCAUAAGAAGCUGCUGCAGAAAAAUGCAGUCUGGAAGUGGGUCGAACAGGGACAGGAGGCAGUCCCAACAGGAUGUGGGGAGUAUUGGCUGAAGUGUCGCCUUUGUUCCAAGGUGUUCAAGGGUUCAUCAACAAAGGCAUUGGAGCAUUUCUUGAAAGUGCAGAAACCGUGUCCUUUUCGGACGGGGGAGAUUGUGGAUAAGCUUGUUACUCAGGGAGGCAAGGUCAACCCCAAAGACAAGAACACCUGGUACUUGCGGCAAAACUUCAAAGGACUCGCCAUGGGCGCAGAGGGGGGCGAUGAGGCUCCGGAGGAUGCAUCAGAUGCGGACGAUCCAUCAUCUUGGCCAGCUCUUCACGACGCUUACUUGGAGGUUGCCAAUGCAAAGCCGAAGGUGAAGUUGCCUACCUACAAGCAUAUGAGGACUGUCAUGAUGGACUACAUCUUCCUGAAGGUCGAGAAAUCAAUCAGUCCCUUCACUGCUUGUUGGGACAAAACCGGCUGCACAUUCAUCACAGACGGAUCGACAGAUCGCAAGAACCAGCCGGUCAUAAAUUUCCUAGCAGCGGGGGAGAAAGGAGCAGUUCUGGUGACCACAGUUUACAUGACUGGGAGGAAGAAAAACGCAGCAGCAUUGGCGAAGUUGUGGGAGCAAGUGAUGCGGGAGAUCGGGCUCAAACGGAUCAACACGAUCCGCACAGACAACGCUGAGGUCAACAAGAAGGCGGUGCAGAUCUUGGAGAGGCGGACCGACAGAGACGUUGCAAGGAUACCGUGGGUGUCAUGCGGAGCGCAUUGCUGCAGUCUKUUGUUGAAGGACCUYAGCAGUUUKCCUUGRGUGAAGGACAMAGUGAAGACGGCGAACACGAUCGUGAAGUGCAUCAGGAACCAUCACGCCACGCACGGUCUCAUGAUGUCCAUCGAUGACUCGUUGUCAUUGCUGCGCCCGACAGAGGUCCGGUUCGGGUCGGUGUACCAGAUGCUGCAGAGGCUAACGGACAGGGUGGAAGUGUUGAAUGAGAUGGUGGACGGAGGUUAUGCAGCGAAGUGGCGCGCAUUGAGAUGGUCGGGAGAGAAGCUGCAGAAAAAAGCCGACCUUGUCUACUACACUGUGAGGUCAGAGAGUUGGUGGGUCAUACUACUUGCUGCCAUAGUGAGGAAAAUUGUGGCAAUUAUGGAGCUGGUGUACAACCUCCUGAAGAGGAUGGACAGGGAAGGAGUUUCUCCCACCAACCUCAUGGAGUUCGACGAUCUCAUUGCGAGGAAAUUAGCAAACGUCGUACUCACGAAGAAGGAGAGGGAGGAUGUGAUGGACAAGGUCAAGGACCGCGUGCAGAUGAUGCGGCAGCCCAUUCAUGCAACUGCGUUUUUGUUGGAUCCGCGGAGGAGAAACCCAGGCUGGCUCAACGAUCCGGACAGCACCCUCGUGCAAAACGCAAUGCGCUUCUUCUGCAGGCAGAUCGGAGUGGAGUGGGAUUGGAAGUCGCACAUGGACAUGUGGGAUCAUCUGUACCAGUUUUUGAGAGAGCCUGUAGAAGGGGAAGUCGGGACAGAUGAACAUAUGUGGACACCAGUUGCCAUCAAGCAAGCAACGCGACGUACGCCUGCGGACUGGUGCACCUUGUACGGUGGGGAUGUUCCACAGUUGCAGAAAAUCGCCAUCAACGUGUUGGGAAUGUGGAGCACGGCGGCACCCGCAGAGCGGAACUGGGCAUCGAUGGACUUUGUCUAUUCGAAGCGCAGAAACAGUCUCUUGCCAGAGUCCUUGGAGAAAUUGGUUUACAUUCACUGGAACAUGCAGUUGUUGCGUGUUCCAAAUAGCAAGGACAAUGACUACGUCGAUGUGUGGGGAUCUUUCUUUGAGUCGUUGAUGGAGCCGACAGCGGAAGAUGUAGCUGUCGAGGACCCCACGGAGGAUGAGACAAUAGACAAUAUCGAGGAGGAAAAGAGGCAAAAGAGACUAAAGAAGACUCCAAAAGGCCGGAUUCCAAAAAGCCUACUGGAUGACGACUCAAGUGGGAACAACGAUCUUGAGGAUCUCGUGUGGAAGGGGAAGUGUUGGAACGAGUCGACUUCCGAGGAGAGUGACGGUGAGGAUGACAUUGGGGAGGACUCAGAUUUCGAGUUGGGGAGCAAGCUGGCGGUGCCAGCCACUACACUGGACAGCGAUAUCGAGUUCUUGGCGCACCCUACGCCUGAUGCCGACAAGGAGGAAGCUGCUCGGGCCAAGGCUAUGGCAGAUAGGGAUGUCGCCUUGGUUCAGAGGCGGAUGUAUGAGGAGGAGGUUUGUCGUGCUGCUGUCCCCAAACGGAGGGAGAGAGAGAGACAGAGCAAACAGAUCAGCCAACAUGAGGAGCAACAUAGUGAUGAAAAGGAUGAAAGUGUGGACAACAUGGAGGUAGAUGAGGUUGUCGUGCAUGCAGAACAUGAAGGGAGUUUGCAGCAUGCGGGAGUGGAUAUUGAAGCAAUCGCAGAAAAAAAUGUACAGCAAGAAGGAGAAAAAAGUGUGCCGCAAAAUGGGGGUGAUAUGAAGGAGGAUGCGGAAAAAACUCAGAAGAAAAACGGAGAGGAACUGCAGCAACCACCAACACCAACGGUUUACGCACGAAGACCCUGCCCACCGCCACUGCAGCAACCUGCACCGCAAGAGCCGCGGGAGGACCAGCAGGCUGUGGCUGCGGAGCAACCAGAAAAACUCGGAUCAACGGUGAGAGGAGCAGAGGCCCACUAUGGCAGACCCCCAUACCCAGCACAGAAUGAGGAUGCCCAACAUGACAACAUAUGGAAAAGCAGGGCGGGGCGAAAGAGGAAGGCUCCGGUGAAUGAAGUCCCCACACCACGUCGCCACCGGGGGAGGCCCCGCAAGGAGAAGAUGGGGCACAAAGCUGCACCAAAGUCGGAAUGUGGUUGUGGAAGGCCCCGGAAAGUGCAAGUCUCGGAGGAUGACCCCGACUCAGAUGGCGACGGUGCAGAGUCGCCGGACGACGAGAUUAGCGAAGGGGAUUCCAAAUGAGAGAGAGAGAGAGAGCCAACGUGAACAUGACAAACUGUUGCAGAUCAUCAUCUUUAUUUAAUUUUCCGUCAUGAAUCU